AUGGAUGUUAUGUUAUAUAAGAUAUUUGGUGAUCCAGAUGCGGCAGAUUUUGUGUUCAUAAGUGGAGUGGAUAUACUAACAUUAGGGAUAAAUGUUACCCACCAAGUUGUAUUGACUGAUUCUGAUCGAGAAAAGUUGGCAAGUUCAAAUGGAAAAUUCGCUCAAUACUUGACCAAAAUUCUCGAUCUGUAUUUCUCGUAUCAUCGUGAGGCCUACAACACCGACGGGGUUUACCUUCAUGACCCCACAGCAUUUCCUGCAGCUAUUGAUCAUACUCUUGUAACCUACAUGGAGGGUAGUGUUAGAGUUCAAACCAGUGGCAUUACAUGGGGUCUUACAAUACUGUACAACAAACAAAAAAGGUACUGUUAUGCUGGCUUGAAAUUUAUCUUCAUUUAUUUGCAGUUUGAUAAAAGAGAAGUCUUGGAGCAAUGAUAGAGUUAUCUUUGU